AUGCGACGGCAUCAAACCCAGCUGCAGCACAUGCACCAGGCUAGGCCACUCGUGCGCAUACGACGAAGUGCGCCGAAAGAGCGGCCCCAAGCGGGCUAUGUCAAGGCUUUGGAGGAGCGUCUCAAACAGGUCGAAACCCUCCUCAACAAAACCAAAGACUCGGCAACAGGUGCCGAGACCAAUGCGGCCGCGCCUCUGAACCUUGACACCGCAUCAGCUACCCGCGUCCAGCUGCCAGCCGUUGCCGCCGCCGGUGGUGGCUUCAGCGGCCAGAAUGCCACGCUCACUCUUCCAGGCGACCGCGACAUGGACCGCUGGCAGUUUGCGGGCGAGUCGCCUCAACCUGGGCCUCCCAUGGACGAUUUCAACUUCAACACGAGCAUGAACCCCGGCUUAAACCCCAGCAUGCCGAUCGGAAUGGGCAACCUGAAUAAUACGAACUUCCCAUGGGAAAUGAUUGGACUUGGUCUGGAGGAGCCCCUGCCACCACAGGAGACCAUCGAUGAGCUGCAUCAGAUCUACUUUGAGAAGGUUCACCCUUCCAUGCCAAUGAUUCACAAGUACAGGUAUCUGGCGGCCAUGAACCUAGCCCCAAAUCAACGACCGCCCGUUGCACUCCGAUACGCAAUCUGGACCUUGGCUUGUUCCAUAACAGACAAGUACAUUGAUUUGAAGGACUUGUUCUAUCAACGUGCACGCAAGUACGUGGAAGGUGACUACAUUAAAGGCUACGGAGAGCACAUGAUAUCUGUCGCCCAUGCACAAACUCAUGUUUUGUUGGCUUCAUAUGAAUUCAAGAUGAUGAUUGGACUUCACCGCUUAGAUGGGGCGGGCCUCGACGUCAAGCAAUGCCUUCCACCCCCGCGCGAUUGGACCGAGCGCGAAGAGCGGCGGCGCACGUUCUGGAUGGCAUUCUGCGAGGAUCGGUAUGCGAGCAUCGGCACUGGCUGGCCCAUGACCAUCGACGAGAAGGACAUCAUGACGAACCUGCCAUCCUCGGACGAAGCGUUCGAUAUGAGUAGGCCUGAGCAGACGCAAUCGCUCCAAGACAGCAUGAGUCCUGCAGGAGCAAGCAAACUCUCAUCUUUCGGCGGAAUUGUGCUCAUGGCCUGUCUCUUCGGCCGUAAUCUUAUCCAUCUUCACAGACCCGACGUCGACGACCGAGACAACGACCUCAACGGCGAGUUCUGGAAACGCCACAGGGCCAUGGACAACAUUAUUCUCAACACAUCGCUCUGCCUGCCGCCUCACAUCAAGCUGCCGUCCGGCCUCAGCAACCCCAACAUUGUUUUUACCAAUAUGAGCAUCCACACCUCGACGAUAUGCCUCCAUCAGGCGGCUAUUUUCAAAGCCGAUAAAAACAAGCUACCGGCAUCAGUGAGUGCCGAAAGCAAAGUGCGCUGCAUUACCGCUGCCAACGAGAUUGCGAGUAUCAUGAGGAUGAUAUCGCACAUGGAUCUAAGCUGCAUGAAUCCUUUUAUUGCGUUCUGCCUUUACGUGGCUGCGAGGGUGUUCGUGCAAUAUCUCAAGAGUCGACCUGAUGACAGUCAGACGGCAGAUUCAUUGCGUUUUCUGUUGUCAGCCAUGAAUGCUCUGAAGCGUAGGAACCCCCUUACGGAGUCAUUCUUAGUACAACUUGAUGUCGAUCUCGAAGCUUUGGGGAUGAGAAUUCCGAAGCUGAGAGCCGCAUUCCCACGAAGCGGCGACAGUCCGGAUGCCACCGCCGCGGGAAAGCGAUGUGAUGAAGAAGGUGCUUCAGGAAUUCUGGCCUACAGGAAUGAUUGCAACUACACGAAUGGCGAUGAUGCCGUUCCAGUCACCGCCCCUGGCAUUGUCGAACCGAUUUCGGGCACUCAGCCUGUGAGCAGAACUAUUUCGGACUCGUCCGGCUUCUCCGGCCAGCGCUGGCUUGGUCCAGACGCCGGAUUCGCUCAAGAAGGAGGUGCCUCCCGCGUGCCUUUGCAGGGCAUGGUCCUGACGCCGGGGUCAGGUUCGUUGGGGGGCUCGCGAAACGGUACAGUUGCUGGGUUCGGACAGAGCGAAAGCAGCGGCGACAACACGAUGGGCUCGCCAGAUGGCGAUCAGUCUAAUCGGCCGACACCCAACUCAAGCUCAGCCUCUGAACAUCGAAGUGGGCCGACCGCAUCAGUUGGCAUGGAAGGAUCCAGCAGAAACUCGUUCGACGCCAGUCCAGCCUCUAACAACCCAAGCGCUAAUAUUGGGGUGAACGGCGAAUCCACCACUGCUGGCUUCUUCGCCGACUCACGAGGGUUCAACCUGGGUCCUACAGGGAUGACACCCGGGGCCAGGUUCCAGAUGGGUGACAGCCCUGUGGAUGCCUAUGGCAUGGCGUCCAACGGGUGGCCGGGCAUGCCAGGUCAGACAGGCAUGACCCCAAUGAGCGAAGGGGUGCUACGAUCGCUCAUGAAUAUGGGACCGAUGGACGCGAUGGAUCUGUCAUCGUGGGAUUCGGGAGCCUAG